CAUCAUGAGGUCACUGCAAAGGUUAUCCCCUGGCACAGACAUAGAAUAAAGGCAUCCACUAGGCGCUGUCCCUUUCACAUUCACUCAUCAGGUUCCUUAUUCCUCGCACGGGGGAAACAGGCUCAGGAGAGUGAAGUGGCCCACCAGGAUCACACUCUGGGUGGGACUCGAACCCAGGUCUGACUGCAGAGCCUGCAGCUUCCACUGCACUCCCCAGGAGCACACAGUAGGCAUUCAAUAAAUGCACACAUGGGGGUGGGGACCUGACCCAGCCCCCACCUGUCUUCUCUCUCAGAUAGGGAGUCUCUCUGGGACCCCUGCCAACUCCCGGGGUGAAUCAAGGAGCCCUUGGGUCACAGCUCCGCUGGCCCCGGGAGAGGUGGUGGAGACUGCAGACGCGGUGUGCAGGUUCCCAGGGCGGCGGCUGAGCUGGUGGCAGGCCCAAGAGUCCUGUGAGCAGCGGUUUGGCCACCUGGCACUGGGGCCCCCGGAUGGGGUCCUUGCUCCACGGCUGCCCCACCCCAUCUGGGUGGGCCAAAGAGAAGCCCCUCUGCGAAGACCCCCGCACAGGCGUUGGCGCACUACGGCGGCGCUGAUGUUCGGCGAGCCGAGCGCGGAGCGCGCGGCGCGGCUGCGGACGCCCCUGCCGGCGCUGGGGGCGCUGACGGCGUGCGCGCACGUGCAGUGGGACGCCGCUUCGCCCGACACGGCCACGCUCUUCUCCCUCGCCGUGCCCGCGCUGGCCAACGCGCUGCAGCUGCGCGCCUUCGCCGAGCCGGGCGGCGCCGUGCACGCGGCGCUCGUGGUGCGCGGUCACCACGCGCCCUUCCUCGCCGCCUUCCCCGCCGACGGCCGCUGGCACCACGUGUGCGCCACGUGGGAGCAGCGGGGGGGGCGCUGGGCGCUGUUCGCCGACGGGCAGCGGCGCGCCGGGGCGCGGGGACUGAGCGCGGGCCACCCGGUGCCACCUGGCGGCAUCCUCGUGCUGGGCCAGGAUCAGGACUCUCUGGGCGGCGGAUUCUCGGCGCGUGACGCCUUCAGCGGCAACCUCACCAACUUCCACCUGUGGGCCCGGGCGCUGAGCCCCGCGCAGCUGCACCGCGCACGGGCCUGCGCGCCGCCCCGCGGCGGCCUGCUCUUCCGCUGGGACCCGAGCGCCCUGGACAUCACGCUCUCGCUGCUGCCGCCCGUGCGGGUGCGCCUUCUCUGUCCGGUGCCUUCAGAGGAGUGCCCUACGUGGGACCCAGGACCCCGCACCGAGGGCUCUUUGCUCUGCCUGCAGCCACGGCCCUUCCUCUGCUGCUACCGGACAGAGACCUAUCGGCGGCUGCAGGACACCCGGUCCUGGCCUGGCCAGGAUGUUAUCGGCCGAGUCAAUGCCUUGGCCAAGGCCAUCGUGCUCCUCACUGACCCCCUCUCUGAAGCCCACGGAGAACUGUCCCCAGCCGAGGCCUCCAGCUUCCUGGGUAUCGUGGAGAGAGUCCUGGCAGAGGAGGCGGCUCCGCCCGGGCCGGCUGCACUGCUGGCAGUUGUGCACUUUCUGAAGAGGGUGACGGCCCUUGGGGCUGGGGAGCCUGAGCCUUUGACGGGGCCCUGGGAGCAGCUGGGACGAGGCGUCAUGUCUGUGGCCAGCCUGGUCCUGGAGGAGCAGCUGGCAAGGGCGUGGCUGGCUGUCAGUGAGGUGGUUGGUGGACCCAUGGCCCUGGUGGUGAGUGUGCAGCGCCUGGCUCCUCUGCUGAGCGCCAUGCUGACCUCCGAGCGGCCCCAGAUGCACAUCCAGUACCGCCAUGCCGGCCUGGAGGUGCGGAGCCUACGCUUGAGGGGGGCCAGCUCAGAGGGCUUCGUGUUCACGAUGCCCGGUGGGCGUCCAGACGGGCCCGGCCACAUCCACAUCCCUGCGGGUGAAGUGAGGCGGCUCCUAGGAAAAGGCCUCUCUGGAGUCACCGUGAUCCACAGCUGGUUCAGCUCCAGUGUCUUCCAGCACGCCCUGGGGGGGCCUGGCCUAGAGCCCCAGCCCCAUGACAGCUCGGAAGAGGCAAGCAGGAUGCAGAGGUUCCUAAGCACCCAGGUGGGAUCAGCCAUCAUAUCCUCUGAGGUAUGGGAUGAAACUGGGGAGGUAAACACGGCCGUGACCUUUCACCUGCAACACCAGGCCCAGAGUCCCCUUCUUUGCCCCACCCACCCCAGCCCAGACUCAGGGGGCUCCUGGGCCACUGCUGGCUGCUCCGUGGCCGCCCUGUACCAGGACUCUACCGCCUGCUUCUGCAACCACAGCACCAACUUUGCCGUCCUGUUGCAGGUGUAUGACGUCCAGAGAGGCCCCGAGGAGGAGUCACUGCUGAGGACGCUCUCCUUCGUGGGCUGUGGUGUGUCCUUCUGCGCCCUCGCCACCACCUUCUUGCUCUUCCUGGCAGCCAGGGUCCCCAAGUCGGAGCGAGCCACAGUCCACAAGAACCUCACGUUCUCCCUGGCCUCCGCCGAGGGCUUCCUCAUGGCCAGUGAGUGGGCAAAGGACAACAAGGUGGCAUGUGUGGCCGUCACGGCUGCGAUGCAUCUCCUCUUUUUGGUCGCAUUCUCCUGGAUGUUGGUGGAGGGACUGCUGCUGUGGAGCAAGGUGGUGGCUGUGAGCACGCGCCCCGGCCCCAGGAUGACGCUCUACUACGCCGCCGGCUGGGGCAUGCCUGUGGCCAUCGUGGCCGUCACCCUGGCCAUGUCCCCCCAUGACUACGUGGCCCCUGGGCACUGCUGGCUCAAUGUGCAUACAGACACCAUCUGGGCCUUUGUGGGGCCCGUGCUCUUCGUGCUGACUGCCAACACCUGCAUCCUGGCCCGUGUGGUGAUGGUCACCGUGUCCAGUGCCCGCCGCCGUGCCCGCAUGCUGAGCCCACAGCCCUGCCUGCAGCAGCAGAUCAGGAUCCAGAUAUGGGCCACCGUGAAGCCCGUGCUGGUCCUGCUGCCCGUCCUGGGCCUGACCUGGCUGGUCGGUGUGCUGGUGCCCCUCAGCCCAGCCUGGGCCUACGCUGCCGUGGGCCUCAAUUCCUUCCAGGGGCCGUACAUCUUCCUGGUCUAUGCUGCCUACAAUGGGGAGGUACGGAACGCCCUGCAAAGAAUGACGGAGAAGAAGGCAGCUGAGGGACCCGAAGCCCCAGAAUCCCCACAACCUUCUCCACCAUUGCAGACCCCGAGAGAUCGGCCGUGGAGCUGACAGCGUUCAAGGCUUCAGCGGCAACGCCUCGGUGGGAACAAGAGCGGC